AUGUCUUACGCCUGGAUCGGCGCCCCGACGCCUUUCAAUGGCACCAGAUCAGAUCUCGGCGGCGACUCGAGCAGCGAAAACCUGAACCAAUGGUACCAGUCCGGUGACACAGCCUACAUCAUCGUAUCCUCUGCCAUGGUCUUCGUCAUGGUACCGGGUCUCGGCUUCCUCUACUCCGGACUUGCGCGGCGAAAAUCGGCUCUGAGCAUGAUAUGGGCUUGCAUGGCUUCGUACUCGGUCAUCUCGUUCCAGUGGUACUUCUGGGGAUAUUCGCUGGGGUUCAGCGACUAUGCGACGAAUGGGUUUAUCGGGGAUCUGAAGAAGUUUGGGCUCAUGAAUACAUUGGCGGCGCCGAGUCCGGGUAGCCCGCUCAUUCCGGACUUGUUGUAUGCGUUUUAUCAGAUGCAAUUCUGCGCCGUCACAGCAGCCAUUAUCAUGGGAGCUGUCGCCGAACGAGGCCGCUUGGUCCCCGCCAUGGUCUUCAUCUUCUUCUGGGCUACGCUCGUCUACUGUCCUCUAGCAAUGUGGGCAUGGGGCGCAAACGGCUGGGGCUUCGUAUGGGGUGUGAUGGACUACGCAGGCGGCGGCCCUGUCGAGAUUGGAUCGGGUCUGUCUGCGCUGGCAUAUUCGAUGGUGCUCGGCAGACGUCAAGAGAAGAUGAUGUUGAACUUCCGGCCACACAACGUAUCGUUGAUCACACUCGGCACAGUCUUCCUGUGGUUUGGAUGGCUGGGGUUCAACGGAGGCUCCUCCUUCGGCUCGAACCUGCGCGCCACCAUGGCGUGCUGGAACACGACCUUGACCGCGAACUUCGCUGCCGCUACCUGGUGCAUUCUCGACUGGAGGUUGGCGAGGAAGUGGUCGAUGGUCGGGUGGUGUUCUGGCGCCAUCUCUGGUCUCGUUGCAGCAACUCCAGCUUCGGGAUACCUCGCGCCCUGGGCCUCCGUAGCUCUCGGCAUCGCCACCGGCAUCAUUGCCAACUUCAGCACCAAAAUCAAGUACUGGAUCAAGAUCGACGACGCCAUGGACGUCUUCGCCGAGCACGGUAUCGCCGGCAUCGUCGGCCUCUUCUUCAACGCCAUCUUCGGCGCAGACUACAUCAUCGGCCUCGACGGCGUCAACACCGGCUCCAUCCCCGGCGGCUGGAUCCAGCACAACUGGAAACAGAUGUACAUCCAAAUCGCCUACAUCGUCGCCUGCAGCGCCUGGGCCUUCUGCAUCAGCGCCCUCAUCGCGUACGCCAUCAACUUCAUCCCCGGCCUGCACCUCCGCGCCUCCGAAGAAGCGGAGCUGCUGGGCAUGGACGACGACCAGCUCGGCGAAUUCGCCUACGACUACGUCGAAGUCCGCCGUGACUACCUCGCCUGGACACCCGCCAAAUCGGACCCGGAGAAGAAGGACUACGAGAUCCCGCAGGGCGAGCGCCACGGCAUCCAGGAGCACAGCGAGAUGCUCGAGGGCAAGGAGCCGAGCGAGGAUUCUGGAGCGGAACACACUGGUAUCGCGGGUGAUCGUCAUGGUGCGGCGUACGAGAAGACGGAGCGCGAGCACGAUUAUCAGGGACAUCAUCAUCCCCAUGCACCGACGAACGGCAGUGCGGCGCAAUAG